GGCCUCUUCGCAGUCCCGCCCCCGUCGGCAGCGGCCUCCGCGCGCCAAAAUCAAACUCGUAGAUCCGCCAGCCGGAGAGCUUCCAGUUCAGGCUGCAGGUCCCGGCACAUUUGGCGCCGCGAGCCCCGGCGCGUGCACCUGUGGACACCUCCCAGCGCUCGCUGCCCGACGCGCUCGGGCCGCCACCAGGAGAGGCAUGGCCACCCCACCCAAGAGGAGCUGCCCGUCUCCGGCAACCAGCUCUGAGGGGACCCGUGUCAAGAAAAUUUCCAUCGAAGGAAACAUCGCUGCUGGAAAGUCAACAUUUGUGAACAUCCUUAAACAAGUCUGUGAGGAUUGGGAAGUGGUUCCGGAACCUGUUGCCAGAUGGUGCAAUGUUCAAAGUACUCAAGAUGAAUUUGAGGAACUGACAACGUCUCAGAAGAGUGGUGGAAAUGUUCUUCAGAUGAUGUAUGAGAAACCUGAACGAUGGUCUUUUACCUUCCAAUCAUAUGCCUGCCUCAGUCGAAUCCGAGCACAGCUUGCUGCUCUCAAUGGCAAGCUCAAAGAUGCGGAGGAACCUGUGUUAUUUUUUGAACGAUCUGUGUAUAGUGACAGGUAUAUUUUUGCAUCUAAUUUGUAUGAAUCUGACUGCAUGAAUGAAACAGAGUGGACCAUUUAUCAAGACUGGCAUGACUGGAUGAAUAACCAGUUUGGCCAAAGCCUUGAACUGGAUGGAAUCAUUUAUCUUCGAGCCACUCCAGAGAAAUGCUUGAAUAGAAUAUAUUUACGGGGAAGAAGUGAAGAACAAGGUAUUCCACUUGAAUACUUACAGAAGCUUCACUGUAAGCAUGAAAGCUGGCUCCUGCAUAGAACACUAAAAACCAACUUUGAUUAUCUACAAGAAGUGCCUAUCUUAACACUGGAUGUUAAUGAAGACUUUAAAGACAAACAUGACAUUCUGGUUGAAAAGGUAAAAGAAUUUUUGAGCACUCUGUGAUCUUGCUGAAGACUACAGGCAGCCAAAUGAUUCCAGAUACUUCAGCUUUGUGUAUCUUCAUAGCUCUGUAUUUACACAGCUCUCUCUAGAAAACCCAAGUUUUUAACUGUUUUUGUUAAAAAAGAAAAAUUUUUUUUGAUGACUUCAAUACAAAACUUUAUAACCAAUUUCUUUUUUUUUUUUCUUUUUUGCGGGUUUGAAAAAACAAAGACAUUUAAUUAUUCUUUACAACAGGAAGUCUGGAGGUAAAUGGUUCCAGAAUCACUAUAGUAGCUAAGCAACAUUAUGAAAGACCCAGCCGCCUUCUGUCUUUCCCCUCUGUUCUCCUCCUCAGCGGGUUGACGUUUUAUUCCUGGUGCUUCUGGUCUCGCUGACCAGUUUCUUAAUUGCAGACUUUAAUGUUACAUAGUAAAUGGUAAUGUGUCCUGUGUAAAUUAGUACACCUAUUAAAAAUUGAAAAGUGGAAUUUAAGGAAUCCUUAGAAAAAGGAUUAUGAAGUUUUAUUUUAAAUACUUUUGAUCAGGUGCCUUCCCUUCCACUGUAGUUUAUGUGGAAGAUAAGACCACGUUUAGUAUUUAAUCACUUCAUUGAUAGUUAUUAAUAUAACAUAUUUGUAGAGGAGGUUAGACUUUGUUCCCAGUUUUUAAUGGCAUCACUUAUAAGUCAUUUAAUCUUUUUCCUGCCUUUGUUUCUACAUCUGUGGUGUGGGUGAGACUUCAUCUUUUUGCAUGGGAUUUUGGAGGGUUAAAGUAGAAAUGUUUCUAUACUUAAAAGAUAACUGAAGAUUAUUACAUGAGCAUAGAGAUUCAGUUUCUUUGGAACUUAGCUACUUGCUUUUUCCCUUCUCAGACCAUUCUUUUGGAAACAGUAUUUAAAAGGUUGAUUUAAGCUAUGAUUGCCUUUAAAUCAUUUGAGGUGGAAGUAUAGUUUUCCCUGAAUUUCUUCCCAUUUUUAUAGGCAAAAUGUUAAUAGGAAAUAGUGAGGGAUUAGUUUUUCCGUGUUAUUCUUUAUUGACCCUCUACUGGGAAUAAGUAGUCUUUCUUCACCUUUACACUUGGUAAGAAGUCAAAAGGGAAACUGAAGACAGUAUCUUCUUAGCAAUUGAGUCUGUUUAGUUAGAACUAACUCCUGCUUCCUGCCUUAUCCUACUUUCCCGACUGUCUGGAGUAGUUAGGCAACCUGCUAUUUUAAAGUUUUAUUUACAAGUAAGUAAAAGUCACACAUUUCUACUUCGAAAACAUCAUAAUCACUCUUCAGUUCAUAGUUUGCUUGCUUCUCUGUUGUGUUAUACCAUCAGUUUUCCCCUUCUAAGAGAAAUUACUGAUAAAAAUGAUCUUGCUUUAUGUUACACAUCUUGAAAGCAAAAUCAUUUUUUGUUGAUUAUAUAUUAGAGAAUACACAUGUUAAUAAAGAAGACAAGGGGUAUAAUGGUUGUAAUUUUUAAAAAUGUGUGGAUUCAUUUCAAGUAUGUAUAUAUAGAUUUAGGUAUGUAAGUAUAGAUUUUUUUCAACUUUAUUUAGUAAAAAUGUGCAGUGUGUUUGUAUUUAACCUUUCUGCUUGACAUUUUAGAAAAAUUCUAUGGUUUUGAAAUGAGAGGAAGAGUUACUUUUACUUUGAAACUAUAAUUUUCCUUUUUAAAAUGUCAUCUUUUGUUUUUGAUUUCUUAACAUUCAAAGAUGAUGAUUUAUUGAAUUACACAGUCUAGAUGCACUCAUCUUUGAGAGAGAGACUUGGUUUCAAAUCUGUAAUUGCCAUGAAUAUUUGAAUUGUCUCAUGAUAUUGUAUGGGUUUGUUUUUGUUUGACAUAUAUGGGUUUGUUUGCUAAAUUAAAUAUUUGCUUAAUAAAUAAGUAUAAAUCAUAUGAACUCUAAUGGAGCUACACUCAUUGAAAUGAUUGUAUCUUUUUUAGAAAUAAAAUUUAUUCUACUUUUGAAGAAAAUUA